CGUGAGACUCAGUGACGCAAUGAAGGCGAAAGUGCUGACGACACAGCGCGAAAUUAAACAGCAGCCCUUUUGAUGUAGUUUGAAAAAUUUCCAAUGAAAAAGAGGGCCAACUUACGUAACGUGACGGCUGAGUAGAAAAAAAUAAAAUAAAAUCAAAAUAUCGAUGUGAAAACGGGAGGGACGACGGCAGCUCGUUUGAAUGAAAAUGCGGAGGAUUGACUCAAACAGCGACGCUGCCCUCCUGGAUGUCUCAUCUAACACGCUUUGGGCGAGCUACAUCAUUCGAGUGCGCGGAGAAAGACGCAGCCCGCCUGCGGAAGUGGAUACUUCAUCACAACAUCCGGUUUCGGUUGCUGUCUUUGCUGAAGUGACAGAAGAGUGUGUCCAGUGAGUGUCAACGAAAGGCCAGGAGUCCUCCCGGACAACAGGGGGCAGUGGCAGGCAUGCAGGGACCGGCCUUGGAUGGCAAAAUGGCCAAACAGGAGCAGCAUUCCAAGCUCCCGGAUGAACUCAAAGAAAGCGAUGACACAUCAGAGAAGACGUCCCCAAACAAGAACCUCAAAUCACCACAGAAAAGCUCCAAGCGGCUUAAAACAACACCAUUUAAAAUAGCUCUGCUGGAUUCGACGGAUUUCGACGGAGAAAUAGAAAAACACUGGAAAGGACAAACGCUGAUGGACAUGGUGUGUGAGCACCUCAACCUGCUGGAGAAGGACUACUUUGGCCUCACCUUCGCGGACACAGACACCCAAAAGAACUGGUUGGACCCCUCCAAGGAAAUCAAGAAACAGAUGCGCAACUGUCCGUGGCACUUUGCCUUUGCUGUCAAGUUCUACCCUCCGGACCCCUCUCAACUCACUGAGGAUAUCACCAGAUACUACCUAUGUCUGCAGCUGAGGGAGGACAUGCUGUCAGGUCGACUGCCGUGCUCCUUUGUCACCCACGCCCUACUGGGUUCCUAUACCGUUCAGGCCGAGCUGGGCGACCACGAUCAGGACGAGCACGGCUCGGACUACGUCAGCGAUUUACGUUUUGCACCCAAUCAGACUCGCGAGCUGGAGGAGAGAGUGAUGGAGCUCCAUCGAAACUACAAGGGUAUGACUCCAGCAGAGGCUGAAAUUAACUUCUUGGAGAAUGCAAAGAAACUGUCCAUGUAUGGGGUGGACCUGCACCACGCUAAGGAUUCGGAAGGGAUCGACAUAAUGCUGGGCGUCUGUGCCAACGGCCUGCUCGUGUACCGGGAUAGGCUGAGGAUCAACCGCUUUGCCUGGCCCAAAAUCCUUAAGAUCUCCUACAAGAGGAGCAACUUUUACAUCAAGAUACGGCCUGGCGAGUAUGAGCAGUUUGAGAGCACUAUUGGUUUUAAGCUUCCCCACCACAGAGCUGCCAAAAGGCUGUGGAAAGUCUGCAUUGAGCAUCACACCUUCUUCCGGUUGGUUUCUCCAGAGCCGCCUCCUAAGGGCUUCUUGGUGAUGGGCUCAAAGUUCCGAUACAGUGGACGAACUCAGGCUCAAACCAGACAAGCCAGCGCUCUUAUAAACAGGCCUGCUCCGCACUUUGAACGAUCCAGCAGCAAAAGAUACCUGCUCUCCAGGAGUUUGGAUGGAGCCGAGUUCUCCCGGCCGGUGUCAGCCAUGUGCGGGAAUCACGAUGGCGUCUUCCAUCACAGCAUGAGUGAACGGCCUCAUCUCCGCAGCCCAUCUGUGGAUGAGCAGGAGACUGAGCUGGAGCCCAGUUUGGAACAAGACGAGGAGGAUUUGGACCAAGAGCUGAGUCAGGACACGGAAAGAGACGAAAACCAGGAUGGAAAUGACACUCCGAGCAAGAAGAAAGAAAUCAUGGAGGAGGCUGGAUCACCAGUUGACAGUAAACAGGAGCUGUGUCAGUUGGAGGAGGACAGCACUUCCCAGCCCAAACAGGAGUUUCUGGAUAAGUCAAAGGAUGUCUUACUAAAGCACCAGGCCAGUAUCAAUGAGCUGAAGCGAGCCCUGAAGGAGCCCAACAGCAAGCUGAUGAGCCGUGAGAAGCGUCUGUCAGCAAGCUCGCCACCCGGCACACCGGAUAAAAAAGCUUUGGGGGGCCGAGCGGUGGCAACAGACUCCAUUAACAGCCUGUCUGUAGAGGGGUUCAUCCAGAAGAAUCUGGCGACUUCACCUGAGGGUUCUGAGGAGUGGGUAUUGAUUGAAAAACAAGACAGUUGUCAUCAAGAACAUGACUGGAAAGUAAAAGAAAAUACAUCUCCUCCAUCUGAUUCCUCCUGGGAGAAUAAACAACAGGAAAAAGUGAUACACAAUGCCAAAUUGAUGCAUAUUGAGGGGACAGGGUCUGACAGAAAAGAAACGAAAAGCCACCUUGAUGAAUGUCCAUCAACAAAAUCUGCCAAAGAGGUAGCUCUUCACUCUGAGCAGCGGCCCAGUAACAGAGGUCGUUUUGAGAUUCAAUUAUUGGCAAAUGCAGUGUUGUCUGAAGACAAAUCUCCAAGCAAACCAUCUGAAGCCUUAAGCGCUGCACCGGGCUCACAUCAGAUGAAGGAAUACAUGGCUUCAAGGCCGAGGAAAAAGAGGAGACCACAGAGUUUAAACCUGGGAAUGCCUCCAGAGCUUGCCUCCGGGAAAGGAGAAACCGAUUCUUCUGCAGACGAAGACGAGGAGUCGGACAGUAAAUCUGAAGCAGGAUAUUAUUGUCAAGCAGCAGCGGAAGAGUUGAUAACACUUGAUCGAGAACCAGAAAAGAGUGAGGCUUUCAGUGCCUAUGAAGACAUGUCAGAGAACAUAGAGGAAGUACAAAGUCAGGAUAAUUGCAAUCAAGAUGCAGAACAAAGUAAGGUAAGGCUAGCAGAAAUAAAUGGACCUGGAAAAGUAGAACAUGGUAGCUCAUUUUCAGGUACUAAAAGCGAGAGUGUAAUUAAGAAAAGGGGAAAGGGCUUUAUUGACAAUAAAGAGCUAGCAGAGGUCAAAUUACGACAGGUCAAAACUCAUGAGAGAAGGAUAAGUAACUCUGGAGAGGAUAUUGAAGGUUUUCUGGGAGACAGACGUCAAAGGACGUCUCUCCACCGAUUGUCAGGCAGCCAUCAGUCAGAAAUCACCAGGAUUGUUCCUCUCAAGCCAGAGCGGUCAAAGAGCAUCGCGUGUAAGGAUGACCAAGACAAAACCGGACAGGCUGAGCAAGCAAGGACUACAAGAAGAGAAUACCGCUGGUCGGUUGGCUCUCCAGAGAGCUCCUCAGACCUCAACUGGACUGACGUCUCUACCCUCCAUUCAGCAUUUGAAGUCGAUAUGGAGAGUAUCACUAAACAAGAGCAUCCUGAUGAUAGCUAUCAGUCCUGGAAAGAGUACUCAGAAAGUCAGGUGUUUGCCUCAAAAAACCCAUCGCUUUCCAAAACGAUUCCUCCAGCACCACCAGUGAAAACCCAAAAGGCUCGAGAAUCAGGGCUGAUUCUACGAAACAGCCGAAAUGCAGUCAGAGAGCCGAGCCUGGAAUCAGCCAAGAAGAGACAUUCGGAGCCCGUCCCUGCUCUCUUUGUUUAUGACGAGCCAUUCGCUAAUUCCAAGAAGGAGCUGAGUGACAGCAGGCUGCAGGCAGCUGUCACCAGUGAAGAGGAACAGCAGCAAGACACCAUGGGCUGCAUAAGGCAACCUCAUUUGGGAAUUGAACGCAAGUGCUCCAGCAUGACAGUCAGCUCCACGUCCAGCCUAGAGGCCGAGGUCGACUUCACCGUCCUCACGGAUCUCCACCCCUGCAUUGAGGACAUGGCGAAAGGCGUGUCCGAUUCAGGAGAGGAGCGACAGCCCGAAGUCGGACGGGAGGACUUUGAGGAAACGUCCCAGUUCUAUUCAGCAUAUCUCAUGGGUUCAAGGGACAAAUCUCCCUUAGAGGAUAAACUUCCUGAAGAGGGACUUUAUCAUGAGCCCCCCGUCGCAAAGAGAGACGCCGGUGCUGCGAGUAUGGCCCAGAUGCUGAAAAGGGCCGACUCCAAGACAGAGUCCAAUACUAAUGGAUCAGAGGCUCAGAUGAGCGUCUCACCACAGAGGCUCUCUUUCUCACAAGAGGCUCCAGUCAUCCUUAAAGAAAAUGGAUCGCCUGUAAAAGGCGGCGUUCUAGGUAAAGAGCCAAUAGUCUCCCCACUGACUAUCACUGGAGAAAGUGUCACCACUGCAACCACAACCCAAGUUACCAAGACGGUCAAAGGAGGAUACUCAGAGACCAGAAUUGAGAAAAGGAUCAUCAUCACAGGAGAUGAAGAUGUAGAUCAACACCAGGCCCUUGCUAUGGCAAUCCAAGAGGCCAAGCAGCAGCAUCCUGACAUGUUGGUGACAAAAGCAGUUGUAAUUAGAGAGACUGAGUCUCCCACUGAGGAGCUAAAACAGAAGUCCUGAUUGACUGUGGUGGCUCCUGAAGCGGCGGACAUGAGAGGAUCUUCUCCCUGAGCAGCAUGCCACCAGUUUGCUAAGAGGACUAUCCGCUCCUCUUGUGUAUACACACUGACAGAACAGACUGUGAUCCACCCUGCAGUAGAUUGCUUCCUCUGUCCUCUGAGACAAACCGACUGUGACUCUGCUCUGACUCUUACGCUGAUCCGGACUCCCGUUCCUGUCAUAUUAACCUGGAUUGGUCAGGAUGGAUCGCCUAAUGGAGCACUAUUUGGCAACACUUUCUUGGGUUAGAUGUUUUACUGCACAUCCCCUCCUUGCCACAUUCACAUUUGUUUACAAAUGACUUCCUAAUAUAUUACAAAACUGCAUCAUUCUCAUGGAGUACGUGAAAUAGCUAAAUAUAUACGUUAAGUAAAAAAGCUUGGCUAAGAGAAGGGGGUGCAAUGCUGGUGAUCCACCAUAUCGUCACCUUUCGGUCAUGACAAACUUUUUACAUUUGUAUGUAAGGAACAUUCAACUUCUCUCCAGUAUUUGCUUGAUACAUAAAUCAGUAUACUAUCAGAUUAAUAUAAUCUGCAUGAUUCAAAUAAAAGCAUCAGAGGGAAUUAUUUAAAACAACAAGACAUGGAGGGUCUCAUGUAAAAAAGACAUUUUUGUUGGGAAAUGGAUUAGUCCUUUAUGCAGGACUGACAAGCAACUUCCAAAAAAACCCCAUCGGACUGGGUGGUGGACUUUUUCAGAAUUUCAAACAGAGACAUUCUGCUUUCUUCAAGCGACGGAGAUCAUUAGUCUUACUCAAUUUCUGUCAUCGAUUUUAUGUUAUUUUUUUUAAUGCUCUGUUUCUGGGGCGGGGGCCAAUUCAAUUAUUAAUGUUGAAUAUGUUUUUGAAUUGUUUAUGCUUGAAGUUUUUUUUUUUUUAUUCUCCUUGCCUAAAUGCCUAAUUAUACGUUUAUUUGGCUGACGUGAUCCAAUAAUGUAUACAUGUUAUACUUGUGAUCUUUCAUUCUUUGGGUGUGAACAUGCUUAUAAGCCACGCUUGUAUAUCAUGUUACUUUUGCUAUAGGUGCUGUGUGUGGUGGCAAAAUAUACAUUUUUGUUUUACAAUUACCUGAAUCCAAUUGCAGCAAAGAAAAAAGAUGUCCUGCUCAUUUGUGUUCCAUCAAAUCUGUCAAUAAUACAUUCUGGCAUCAAUUCUGCAUUCAUGUACCUAAACACUGCGGUUGUAUUCUAAAAAAGUAUUGUGACAUUUUGGAGCCGCUGUUAUUGUUACAUCAAUAGGAGUAGCACCUUAUUGCUUUUGUAACCUUGACACGCUUGCUGCACAAAAGUCAGCUAUGUGAACCACUACACUACCAACGACCAAAGCUAAACUAAUUUAUCUUUUAGGAUGGGCGAUACGACCUAAAAUCUAUAUAUUGCAUCUUCCUGCAAUAAGGACAUAUAUCACAACACAUUAUUUGACAGUAGAACCAGUUCAAAACAGGUUAUAAAGGCUGCUAUUUUAGCUGCUGAUGUAUACUUGUAUUCUUUUAUCGAAACGAUUACUGUAUUUAUCGGAGUAUAAGUCGCUCCGGAGUAAGUCACACCUGCCGAAAAUGCAUAAUAAAGAAGGAAAAAACAUAUAAACCGUACUGGAGUAUAAGUCACAUUUUUGGGGAGAAAUUGAUUUGAUGAAAUCCAACAUCAAGAAUAGACAUUUGAAAGGCAAUUUAAAAUAAAUAAAGAAUAGUGAACAACAGGCUGAAUAAGUGUACGGUAUAUGAGGCAUAAAUAACCAACUGAGAAGGUGCCUGCUAUGUUAAUGUAACAUAUUAUGGUAAGAGUCAUUCAAAUAACUAUAACAUAUAGAACAUGCUAUACCUUUACCAAACAUUCUGUCACUCCUAAUCGCUAAAUCCCAUGAAAUCUUAUACAUCUAGUCUCAUACGUGAAUGAGCUAAAUAAUAUUAUUUGAUAUUUUACGGUAAUGUGUUAAUAAUUUCACACAUAAGUUGCUCCUGACUAUAAGUCGCACUAUGAAAAAAACUGACUUAUAGUCCGAAAAAUACGGUAUUAAUCUACCGUAUUUCCUUGAAUUGCCACCGGGGCGCUAACUCAUUUAAAACCUCUUCUCACUCCUGCGCUUACCAAAGGCAUGCGGUAAAAGUAAGCUUACGCUAACUAUUUUAAAACCUCUUCUCACUCCGGCACUUACCAAAGGCAUGCAGUAAAAAUUUGAGUGUGAUGUAAGCUUGGACCUUAAAUCCUACUGAAUAGCUCUUAAUCUUCUUCCCUUUAUGCGAUUUCAAAUUACCGGUUUCGAAAUCAGCCUCCUCCAUUUUGAAAAUGAUGACAGGGGAAGUGUCACUCGGGAUGUCACGACUUUGACCAGGCGGUAAUACUAAAUAAGCAUGCGCUAAUUAUUUUGCAAAGCGAGUUUGACCCGGCAGUAAUUCAAGGCAGGCUCAUACUAUAUGCCCUGUGGCAAUUCAAGGAAAUACGGCACUUGCUAAUUUACUGUAAACAGCUGGUUACUUUGUGUUGUAACAUCAUUGUUUAAAUAAUUUUUUUUGUUUUAUUAAAAAACAAACUGAAAAGCAGUGUAACGUCAUUUUAUUUUUUCAAAAGAAUAAAUAGAGCAAAAUAACUAAACAUAAGCAAAAACUACUUUUUUAUAGUGAAGUGAAGUGAAGUGGAUUAUAUUUAUAUAGCGCUUUUUCUCUAGUGACUCAAAGCGCUUUACAUAGUGACACCCAAUAUCUAAGUUACAUUUAAACCAGUGUGGGGGCACUGGGAGCAGGUGGGUAAAGUGUCUUGCCCAAGGACACAACGGUAGUGACUAGGAUGGCACAAGCGGGAAUCGAACCUGCAACCCUCAAGUUGCUGGCACGGCUACUCUACCAACCGAGCCAUGCCGCUAUAAAUAAAUUUAAAGUCCUCCAGUGUUGAGGACUUAUUUCCUGAAUUAUCAGGAAAAGUAUCAAUGUAGUUACUGUAGUAUUGACUUUAUACUAUAUUUGGUAUCGAUACUGUCCAUAUUUGUAUCAAUCUGCCCACCCCUGUUAUACAAAAGUCUUAGAUUAGCAUGGCUUCUUGUAUCCUGCGGAGAGUAGUUUAGAAUGUUUAACCAUUCCUCAUCCUCCAGUUAUGUUUCUUGUUAGAAACCUACUUUAUUUGCCGCCAUUGAGACCAGGAUUAGUUGUCUCACUAGCAAGGACGUUACCUUGCGUUGAGGACACGGUCGUUCGCUUGUCACUGUCAAUUUGCCCGACACAGCUAGAAUGUGCCAUCAAUUUGGCAGACGAUAGAGCGUUUAAUACUGUAGUCAUAUGAUAAUGCAUGUUGAUAUCACUUAUAAUCGUGCAACCUUAUUGGUCACUAAACUAUGUUAGAGAACACAAUAAGUGGGUAUGUGAGAAUGAACCAAACAACAAAUAUUGUGGAGCUUGGAGAUAAUUAAUGUUGAUGUGUGAACAUUUAUUUUGAAGUUCCACAGAACACUAAUCAUUUUAACAUUUGAUCGUGCAGUGAUUCAUAUAUCUGACUUUUAAACUUGACUUGUCUUUCAUUCCUCAUUCCCAACUGCCCUGUAAUUGACAUGUGAUCGGUGACAUUUUUCAUCCUAUAGCCUUCAGCCCCUGUCAGUAUAUUAGCAGAAAAUGGUUGUACACUAUCUGGCAUCUGUCAAACAAUGAUUGACAUCA